UCAUGUUAAGAAUUUCUAAGACUUUAUUUUUAAAUCUUGCUAAUAUCAAUCGAUUUGCUUAUCAUACAAUUAAUGAUCAAAUAAAACUUACAGAUUAUUGUAUUUAGGUAUAUAUAUAAAUAAUGAAGGAAAUUUAAAGAAAAUAAACAAGCAAAUACACAAACAAAUUCUUAAGAUUAGGAGUUGAUGGAGCAUGUAAUAUCUUAUCAUUUAUAAUAUAGAAGGAUGUUCAGGAUUUAAAUACUCUUUUAAUUUUGAUGAUUAAAUUUUAGAAGAUGAUUAUGUUCUAAAACAAUAAAAUGAAAUCAUAUUUGUUGUAGAUGAAAUUACACUCAAAUUUGUUAAUGGAUGUGUUAUAGACUAUGAAAAUAAGAUGAUUAGAGCAGCAUUUUAUGUAAUUCUAACAUUUUAUUAUUUAGGUCUAAGAAAAUCCAAAUGCAGAAAAAUCAUGUAGUUGUAAAGCAUCAUUUGCUCCAAAACCUGAGUUAUUAUGA